AGUGUGCCUUUUUUUUUGUGUAUGCAAGUUCUAUUAGCCAAUUCAAUUUAGAAUUAUGUUUCAUAGUUUGGACUUAUAAUUAUCUAUUCAUAUUUUUUCAGGAAGCCUACAAAUUGUUGAGUCUUUGAAGAUAACAAAGAGAAACAGAAUCAUUGAAUAGAGAAUCUGCAUUGAUACUAUGGCAGAAGAAGACAUUUACACACAAGAUGGGACCAUUGAUAUCUACAGAAAACCUGCCAACAAGAAAAAGACUGGAAACUGGAAAGCUUGCUGGUUCAUUCUUGGAAAUGAAUGCUGUGAAAGAUUGGCAUACUAUGGUAUGAGUACAAACUUGGUGAACUAUCUUGGCGAACGUUUCAAUCAGGGAAAUGCAGCUGCUGCUAAAAGUGUCACAACUUGGUCAGGCACAUGCUACAUCACACCAUUGCUUGGAGCCUUUUUAGCUGAUUCAUACUUGGGAAGAUAUUGGACAAUUGCUAGCUUCUCUGUUAUCUAUGUAAUUGGAAUGGUACUUCUAACAUUGUCUGCUACUGUACCUGGACUUAAGCCAUCAUGUGAUGGUAAUGUGUGCCAUCCAACAUCGGCGCAAACUGCAGCAAUGUACAUAGCCCUCUACUUGAUUGCUCUUGGAACUGGUGGUAUCAAACCAUGUGUCUCAUCUUUCGGUGCAGACCAAUUUGAUGAAACAGAUGAGAAAGAGAGGAAAAAGAAGAGCUCUUUCUUCAACUGGUUUUACUUCUCAAUUAACAUUGGUGCGCUCAUUGCUUCGUCGGUAUUGGUUUGGAUACAGAUGAAUGUUGGUUGGGGAUGGGGUUUUGGAGUACCUGCAGUUGCAAUGGUCCUUGCAGUUAUAUUUUUCUUUGGUGGUAGUGUUCUCUAUAGACUUCAAAUACCUGGUGGAAGCCCUCUUACAAGGAUUUGCCAAGUCUUGGUUGCAGCUUGUAGGAAAUUGAGACUUCAAGUGCCAGAAGAUAAGAAUCUUCUUCAUGAGACUAUUGAUGUUGAAUCUGUCAUCAAAGGAAGUCGCAAGCUUGAUCAUACAAACAACUUAAGGUGUUUGGAUAAGGCAGCCAUAGAGACACAAACUGAUCGCACAAAAGAGUUAACAAAUCCAUGGAGACUAUGCACAGUAACACAAGUUGAAGAACUCAAAUCCAUAAUCAACUUACUCCCAGUUUGGGCAACACUGAUUGCCUUUGCAACAGUAUACAGUCAAAUGAACACAAUGUUUGUUCUACAAGGCAACACAAUGGACCAACACAUAGGCCCUCACUUCCAAAUCCCAUCAGCUUCCCUCUCACUUUUCGACACUCUAAGCGUCAUCUUCUGGGCACCGGUAUACGACCGCAUCAUAGUCCCUUACGCAAGAAAGUUCACCGGCCACGAACACGGAUUCACACAGCUCCAAAGAAUGGGAAUAGGCCUUGUCCUCUCAAUCUUUUCCAUGAUCAUCGCCGGCAUUCUAGAAGUCGUUCGUCUCGAUAUGAUCCGAAAGAAUAACUACUAUGAUGCCAAGACUAUCCCUAUGUCAAUAUUCUGGCAAGUACCUCAAUAUUUUCUUGUUGGAUGUGCUGAAGUUUUUACCAACAUUGGUCAACUGGAGUUCUUUUAUGGUCAAGCACCUGAUGCAAUGAGAAGCUUAGGAGUUGCACUUUCACUCACAACUAAUGCAAUUGGAAAUUACAUUAGUACUUUGCUUGUUACUAUAGUAACAAAAGUUACCACAAGAAAUGGUAAUCUUGGUUGGAUACCAGAUAAUCUGAAUAGAGGACAUCUUGACUACUUUUACUGGCUUUUGACCAUUCUUAGCUUUCUCAACUUCCUUGUGUUUCUAUGGAUUGCAAAGAGGUACAAGUAUAAGAAGGUGGUUGGAAAUGCUCACUGAAGAUCAUAUUGGCUUCAAGACAACAUAGCUCUAUUAGUUUUUAUCUUGGAAAUGUUCUUAUACAUUUAUUUGUACAUAUGGAUGUUAUUUGGAGCACUUAGUAAAUGAAGAGAUU